AUGACCCGCACUGGCUGGCUAAAACAUCACUCAGCGCUACACAACCGACCUCUCGGACGAUUGGUCGAUAAUCGUCUCAAGGAGAUGCGGAAGAUCAGAGGAGCUCUACGUUUGAAAGAGGUGACAGUCGAAUUCAGCUAUGUCCCGACCACAGAAAAUCCAGCCGAUGCUGGUGCCCAGGGAUUGACCAAGAGCUCCAGGAUAAUACAUGGUGGGCAAAUCCCCCAGUCCUACGUUAACCAGUUGACUCGCGGACCUCACCAACAUGCACCGUGUACAAAAAGCCACUAA